AUGGACAACAACGACGGGUUUGUGGAGACGAAGGCUGAAAUGACAUCCCCCAGUGGCGGCGCAGCCUUCGGGCUAACAGAAGAGUUCCCUCCUGAUCUGCCCAUGCAAUAUUCAUAUGAAAUGUCGAAAUUUUACGUGCGCAAGUGCUACCAACGAUACUACGAUUUGGUUCUACAGGAGCUGUUCACGCGCGACAAGCGCACGCAGUGCGUUUGCGUCACUGUCACUGGGUCGCCAGGAACGGGAAAAUCUGUUUUCUACGGAUAUUUUUUCAAUCACUUCACACGUGAAGAGCAGUACAGAGGUUUCACCAUUAUCACAGCGUCCUUCACGAAGUACUCCGAUCUACAAGAUAUCGCUGUGUUUGAAAACGAACGAAAAGAACCACGAAUCAUUUACCUGUAUGAUGGCCCUCCGCGCAUAUCUCCAAAACAUCAAAAGAUGGUGUGCUUCACGAGUCCGAAUGAACGAUGGCUCGACUCACUUUAUAAGGAUUUCUCUCAGACGACGUUGUACAUGCCGUUGUGGGACGAAGACGAACUUUUUGCUGCUGCCACAUCUCUCCGGAUCGACUCGGUGAUAACUCGAGCUGUGAUUGACAAGCGAAUUGGAUUGUUUGGGUUUGUGGCCCGCGAGUGUCUCUCUCAGCGUGAAAGGUUUGUGGAGGAUCGGCUGAUAUUGGUUCAGCAGACUAUUGAGGAGAUGAGCACACUCGAACCUCAGCGGUUGUAUGUGAGACGUCGGGUGCUGGAGAAGAUCAACGUGGUGGUGAGCUUCGAAGAGUUCGCCAACGGCUAUAAACAACUUCGUUGCAACCCGCAAGCGGCUAUGGAUCGUGGCUUUUCAUUUCUAUUGAAGACUUACGACUUAGUGAGGCGAGGCGUUAGCGGACAGGCUUUAGUGACAGUGCUCGAAAAGCUCGAGCUGUUGAAGAAAGCGCUGAAGAAUCCAAGGAGUGUUCGGCUAAUUCUUGUCGCACUGGAGCUCGAUGAAAACAAGUGGAAGUUCAAGAAAAGAAUCCAGUGGGACUUACUAUUAAAUGCCGAGAACGUGGAUAUCAUUCCUGGUGUUGACACGAGCCAGUUGAAGGCGAUUAACAUGGAGACAGUGAAAGAUUUACGAACAGCCAUUGAUGCACCAAGCGCCCACCAACGGGACUUCUUCAGUGGUGGUGUAUUGACUCAGUACUCAGCGAUCCUCAAGAGUUUUGAUGAGCGCCAGAACGCGAUUGAAACAAUGCUGACCAAGAUUCCCAUGUAUGUGCUGGAGGUGUAG